CCUUCAAACAAGAAAACUCAGGAUAUUAAUAACAGCACCAAGCCAAAAUUGCACUUGCUUAACAACCCAACAUCAUUGAUAAGACAAAGCCUUCUUCCAAAAUCCAAUCCAAUGGCCACGGAGAACCGCAAUAACGGUUUAUUCUGCAAUCUAAGAGUGAUGUUGGUUUCCAUCUUCGUUAUUUUCAUGGCCAUAAUAAGCAUAGCUUGGCUUGUCAUGCAUCCAAGUGUCCCUAGUUUUCGUGUGACAUCACUUUCAGUGACCAACUUCACUGUCUCAGGUUCGAAGCUCCGAGGUAAGCACGAGGUGGGUCUUUCCAUAACAAACCCAAACAAAGCCACAGUCGAAGUGGUGCUUAACCGUUGCAGCAUGUUGGUGUUUUAUGAUCAGGUGUGGCGUGUUGAUGCGGUGCAACAACACGUAUUUCUUGGGAAGAUGGCGAACGCGAGUGUUAAGGUUGAUUUGGUAGUUGGAGACUCAACUAAGAAGGAGGUGGUGCCUGAGGAACUUGUUAAGGAUUGGAACAAAGGGGUGGUUAACGUUAACGUUAAGUUAUGUGUUAAGGUUAGAUUCGAAUCUGGAAUCUGGCCAAGUAUGGAUAAGUUGUUGAAUAUUUACUGUGACGAUUUGCAUGUGGGUUUCUUCACCUCCCCAAAAGACACUGGUAAGCUUUUGGGUAUAGGUAAGUAUUGCCACAAACUUAAUGCAGGAAAGGCAUAG